UCACAGCUGCCCUUUCCUGCGAAAACUCUCCCCACUCUCUUCUCUCUGUGUGUGUCUGUAGGAGACGAGUACUAGAAGGACCCUCGGAGGGAGAAAUAAGAUUUAUUGGGGGAAAUUAGAAGGGAGCAAAGCAAAAUCCAAUUGAAAUCAUCGUAGAAGAUAAUUGAGAGAGAAUUGUUAAAUUCUCAACGAACACGAAAUGGUUUAAGAAAUAGGAAAUAUUAUUGGAUCAGAAGAGGAUUGAGAGAUGGGAAAUUUGUUCGUGAAGAAGCCCAAGAUCACGGAGGUAGAUCGAGCUAUUCUUUCUCUCAAGACCCAGAGGCGCAAACUUGCCCAGUACCAACAACAGCUUGAAGCUGUAAUCGAAGCCGAAAAGCAAGCCGCACGGGAUUUGAUUCGUGACAAGAAAAAGGAAAGAGCUUUGUUAGCAUUAAAGAAGAAGAAGGCACAAGAAGAAUUAUUGAAGCAAGUUGAUACCUGGGUUAUUAAUGUUGAGCAACAAUUGCAAGACAUCGAACUCACAAGCAAGCAGAAAGCGGUGUUCGAGAGUUUGAAGGCUGGUAAUAAUGCGAUUAAAGCCUUACAAAGUGAGAUCAAUCUCGACGAUGUGCAAAAGCUGAUGGAUGAUACUGAUGAAGCUAAAGCUUACCAAGAUGAAAUUAAUGCAAUCUUGGGGGAGAAAUUAUCAGCAGAAGACGAAGAGGAUAUUAUAGCAGAAUUAGAGAAUUUGGAAGCUCAGAUCACCGUUCAAGAUAUGCCUAUAGCUCCUGUUUCAGUGCUAUCUCCUAAAGAAAACGAGAGGUUGGACCUUCCCGAUGUACCAAUCAAAGUACCAGUUGCACCUGAUCUGGUUGCGAAUGAUGAAAUUUCCACUAAGACAAAAGUUAUGGAGGAACCAUUGGUGGCUUGAUUAGAUUAAACAGUUGAAUUAGGUUGCCUUCUUGUCAGACUGUUUUCAAACGUCAAUCGAUGCUUCUCCCUUCUGCAACCACGCAUGUACCAGUAAAAAUUAUUUUCUCUGGACAACUUUGAUUGUUUUCUUUCUUGAUUACCUGAAUUGGAUUGUACAAAUAUGUAAUUUUUCAGGACUCAGUCCAAGGACUCAUUGCUCCAACAUAUAUUUACUUCUUUUCGACAUCAGUCUUUCUUCAUGGAACGAACGGAAACAAGAAUGUGAAUGCUCUGGGUUGAAACUUGUUUGUUGUAGUGCUAUAUAUGUUACUUUGAGAAAUUAUUAAUUGUGUUUUCUAGAAAAUUUUAAUUUCCUAAUUAUUA